CAAUUUUUUUUUUUUUUAAACAUUAGAAAUCAUGUUCUCAGCUUUUAGAAAGAGUGCUUUGAGCACCGUCUACAACACUUCUAAUGUGGUCAGCAAUGUAUUUCAAAAGGGAGCAACCAGCGCCAUUUUACCUUUAACCACCGUUCGUUUUGCGUCUAACUUCUCACCACGACGUACCAAAUACCGUAAAGCACACAAGGGAAAGAUCCCCAUCCCUACUGGUGGUUCAACCAAGGGUACCACAGUUGAAUUUGGUGAUUAUGGCUUACGAGUCAAGGAAGGUGUGCGUUUGACAGGCCGUCAAUUGACUGCUGUUCAUAACGCCAUUAAGCGUAAAAUCAAGCCUGUCAAGGGCUCACAAUUAUGGAUGCGUGUCUUCCCCGAUAUCCCCGUUUCUAGUAAAGGUAAUGAAGUGCGUAUGGGUAAGGGUAAAGGUACCUUUGAAUACUGGGCCUGUCGUGUCCCCUUGAACAGAAUCAUUUUCGAAAUCAGUGGCAUGAGAAAGGAAAUCGCUAAAGAAGCUUUCCGUUUGGCUUCUCAUAAAUUACCCAUCAAGGUUGAAAUGGUUGAACGUGGUGCUAAACCCGUCGUUGGCUCAGGUUUCGUCGCUCCCACCGUCACACCCAUUGCUCAAGAGGUUGUCUCUGCUGCUGCUCCUGCUGCCUCUGCUGCUGCUCCUCCUGCCAUCUAAUCCUUAUUUUUUUUUUCUCUCUCUCUCUCUUUCUAUAGACACCCUCUCAUUUGUAUCAUAAAAAAUAAUAAAAAAAGUAUCAAAAAA